CAACAAAAAACCCUCGUCGUGUUUGUUCGGUUCCGACAAACGACAAGGACGACAAACGACGACGACAAGGACGACGACGACAAGGACACGGUACAACACAACGCACACGGCAGGGGCAUCGCGGAGACCCAUACAGCAUCUCCAUCGGUGGCACCGACCAAACCUUCCUUGGCUUGUGUCCUCGCUGCCGCGCACGCCAAACAGUCCCACCAAGCGCCCAAGCAACGAAAAGCAAAAGCAACGAAAAGCAAAAGCAACGAAAAGCAAAAGCAAAGCACACCCGGCGAAUGGCGGCAGGUGGAAGGGACCGCGGCGCCCCAAAGUCUUUCCGGUGCGGCGGCGAGAUCGACAACGACGACGGCAGCGACACUCUCGACGACAACUCUUUCGACAGCGAGCACCCGAGGAAGAACGGUGGCGACGGCGACGUGGACGUGGACGGCGACGUGGAUUUGGACGACGGUCCCUCCGUUGCCAUUGUGGGAGCGGGAUUUGCCGGGCUGGUCCUGGCGAACUACCUGGAAACACACCCGAGCCCCGGCAGCGACGACACCUCCACCAGCAACAAAACCAGCAACAGCAACAACAACAACAACAGCAACCACCACCAAACCCGGAGCGGCCGCCGCUGGAGGUACGUCCUGUUCGAGUCCAAGCCGGCGUCGGGGAUCCCGGUGAUCGGGACCCUCCGCCUGGACUCCGCGGGCCCCGUCCUGGAGGAGCUGGGCCUCUCGGAAGCGGCCCGAACAGGAGGGGUCUUUCCGGCCGGCGGCCCCGGGGAGGUCUCCCGGGAGGCCUUUCUGGAGGUCCUCCGGAAACGCCCCCGCGUCGCCUCGUCCCACAGGGUGGUGGCCGUCCACCCCUCCGAAACAGCCGGGCACGCCGUCGUGACCGUCCGGGGGGGCGGGACCGAGCCGGGGGACGAAACGACCGCCCACGGCCCCUUCGACGCGGUCGUCCUCUCCCACGGGCUGGUCCUCCCGUCCGCCAAGCGGCCCGCGGUGGAAGGGCCGCUCUCGUCCGUCCUCCGGAUCGGGGACUCCCGGGACCGGCCCUGGUGGGACCUCGACGUCCUCGGGGCCCGCCGGAGGCGCUCCGGUGCCGACCGCGCGAUCCGCGACGGACUGGAGGCCGGCCGGGAGCUCGUCCGGCGGCUCGGCGGGGCCCGCAGAAGCAAAGCCUGCGGCGGCGUUGCCCCCGGAACGGCGGCCCCCGGAACGGACCCACCGGCGGCGUGGCGGGCCGCGGCAGUGGUGGUGGUUCCGGUGCUGCUGGCGGCGGCAGCGGCCCUGGCGCCUCGCGGGCCGUGAGGGCGUGGCGUCCGCUUGCGAAACCCGGCCCCCGGCUGGCUUUGCCGCACCGCUUCCGCCGCCGGGUGCCCGCCCCGCCCCGGGCCACUCCCGCAGGUUCGCGGGAAGGACGGGAUGGCACGGCCCACACGCGGGGCAACAAAGAACGAACGAACGGAACGCCCAUCCCGUUCGUCUUCCUGCGAUGCGACGGGCACGCACGUACGGCAGGCACUCGCAUUCACCGCACCGGGACCCGCGACCGCAGCUCGAGACAACAAACAACGCGAUGCGAUGCCAUGCGAUGCGAUAAAUGGUUCCGUGCAUGUCGUACCCUGGCAGCAUAGAUGAUAGGCUACGUACGGUACAUACUUCUAAUAGUACGUACUUCUACUACCCGUAACUACCGUACUACUACUACAAGCAUUGAUUUUCGAUUUUCGAAUUUUAAAAAAAUUACAGGAAUGACAGUGACGAGCCUGACUCUGUUCCAUCCAUGUGCACUGUACUACAGGUAGGUAUGUAGGUAUGCUGCAGUAUACGGUACUAUACGCAACCAACGAACGCUGCGGUGCGCAAAGAGCGAAGUCUCGGAAACCUUGAACCGUACUACGGUACCCGUACGUACCGGUAAGUACGUUGCGACCUGUGCGAUACAGUAGUACCGUACGGUACCCUACGAUACAGAACGGCUAUGGACGGAACAAAAUGGGAGGUGCCGAUCGACAGCCCACCGUCUCGGUCCCCAAUUCCACAAAACACCGGUGCCAACCCAGGAGGCCGCAACGAGUCUCAAGCAAGGCACGGCACGGCAAGGCACGGCAGUCUAUCGCCCCACCCCGACCCACCCACACACGCACACAACCACCAAACGACAUGGUGGCCACCGACCCCUCCAAGGCCCGCCGGAGAACCCUCGUUCGGCCGGGCACCGCCUGGGCCUUGGUCUUUUUCCCGGCCCUCUUUUACUAUUCCGGGACCCGGCUGUACUCGCUCGGCCUCUUUCGGUCCUCGACCUGCGGAAGGCCCCUCCCCCACCGGCUGGAGGUCUGGGACAAAAGCCCCGGUGCCUCGAGCGGCGAAGAAGGGGAGGAGGGGGCCUGCCCCGGCUUUCUCGCCGCGCACCGGAACAACAAAAAGGACGCCCUGGUCUACCCCGGCGGAGCGGGCUGCUCGUCCCUCCGGUACCCGCCCUACCUGGUGCAGGAGGGUUUCGAUGGCGUCGAGUCCACCGCCUGGAUGGAGGACGAGGAGCUCGGCCGGGGCUACCUCCUGCUGUCGACCAGCGCAGGAACCGGCCGGAUCUACCGCUGGGAGGCCGGCGGCGGGCCGAUCGCCAUCGGACGGACGCUCUACGCGAGGGACGCGGGCUGCCGGUCCGGACUGUACAAGGACUGCGGGAGCGGCGCUUCCGGGACGGUCGGGAGCGGGGGGAUCGCUCCCGACGCCUACGGGAAACGGGAGGGCCGGCCCUCCCUGGUCGUGGCCGAGUACGGGGAGGGACGGGUCGUCCGGCUGGAGGAGAACGGCGCCAGGACCCCGCUGAUCGUCGGGACCACCCAGGAGGGGGGAGACCGGCUGGCCCGGCCCUUUCGGCUGCUGGUGACGCCCUACGGAGACCUCCUGGCCGUGGACGACGAGAGCGGCGGAAGGCCUCCGCACGGCGAACCCCCCUUUGUCCUGUGGCGGCUCGAGGGGGCCUCGGGGGUUCCCGGCCUCGCCUCCCUGGCGGCCAGCCGGAGGGCGCACGCCUGGAACCGAAACAACGCCACGGGCCUCCCCCGCGCGGUCCUCCGGUCGGGGGAAAUGGGGGGGUUGGCCCUGGAUCCCUCCGGCCAGCGCGUCCUUUUGACGACCACCGCCGGCAGCGACAACGACAACGACAACGACCACGCGGUGGUGGUCCUGAGCCUGCCCCUGCUGGACGACCUAGACGAAAACGACGGCGACGGCGGGGGUUCUCUCCCAGGGGACGCCGUGACGGUCUUUGAUUACACGGCGCACGCGAGCCAUCCCGGUGCCAUCGAGGUCGACAACCACGGCAACCUCUACCUGGCGGUAGAAAACGCUAUACUGGUGGUUUCGAAAUCGACUACGUACGUUGCCAAGAUUUCCUUCCCGGCGGGUGAACGAAUCGUAGACCUGACCCUGGGCUCGGACCACUUUCUAUACGUGGCCAUGGAAACCAAACUCGCCCGCAUUCGAGUUCCAAAUACACCGAUAAAGGUUCGAAAAGAUCUUUUGAUAAAGGCGUAACGCAAUCAGAUCAUUGUUUUGAAU